AUGGCUUCAACUCGGCCGUCCCCUGAAAGUGUUGAAGGGCCCACACCGCCACGGGCAGACAAUGUCUGUUUAGCUUGCCGCCGCAAGAAGAAGAAAUGCGACAAGGCGCUGCCUGGCUGCCUGCAGUGUAAGAGGGCUUUCAAUCUGUAUUCUGGUUCGCUGUGUUGGUUGGUAGUGGCCCUGGCUCACAAGUCUAGACUGCAUCUCCAAUGCAUAUACGAAGAUACCGAGAGCGUGCCGGUAAUAGAGGAGUUCCGCCAGUUGAGGAAGAAGCUCAAGCUCUUUGAGGAGAUGCUCAUUCCUGGCACUUCCAGGGUGUCCAAUCCACCUACCCGUCCAGCUGUGGAUCUAUCCCCUCCCGACACGGCAGAUGAACCAAGCGUGACUGGCUGUGAUCUUCUUUCUCGACUCGAGGCCCUUGCCUCAAAGUUGAAUGUGGGCGAAGAGGUUUACCAACUGCUUCAGUCGCACCCAGGAGAGAUCUACGGGGCGUCGCAGAUUUACUUUGACAAUAUCCACAAAUGGAUGCCCAUCAUGUCACAGAAGCUCUUUUACAGGAGAUUGACCGAGUUCAGCAAGACAAGGCGUCCGGACUUUGCUCUCCUCUUGCUGAGCAUCGUCCUAUGUAUUCACUGCCCCGCGAGUGGCACAACGCAGGAACCGCUGUACAGAGCAGUCCGCUCGACAUUCUGGAGCCUGAACGCAACCAUAGACGCAUCUCUCGAGAUGGUCCAGGCCGGGGUUCUACUCUCCUGCUACGAGUACGGGUUCGGCAUGUACAAAGAAUGCUACAAAACCAUUGGCCUAUGCGUGCGUAUGGGCCAAUUGAUGGGCAUUCAGGAUGAGAAGCCACCGUCAGACGAGCUUCAGUUCAGCGACGAGUGGAUACGAAUAGCGGAGAGAUGCAAUCUCUGGUGGGCAUUGGUUAUACGUGACAGGUCAACCUUGCUGCACGGGCCUUUCAGAAACAGUCAAGAUGCAAUGCCCGAUCACCUUCCCCUUGAGGCGUUUGAUCUUGAUCCCUCCUUUUCUCGGAUCGGUGACGCUGUCAUUACUCGUGAUCCAGCGCCGGGCAUCUUUGGCUACCAAGCAGUGGCGUGGCGGUUGUUCGACAAGACAGUGGCCUUUCGCCGUCGAGUAGCCAAGGGUGAGACAUCAGAGCGCCUAAGGGAAGAUCAAAUGCAGCUAGAUGCUGAGCUUCAGAGCAUGAUGAGAUGCCUCGUCGACCUGUAUAGCGGUGCCACCUGUGGGUAUUGCGAACCGUCUGCAACGGUGCUCGUCUCUCUUCUCCUAUUGCACGGUCGCCAUCGAUCCAUCAUAGCAGACACGGUGAGCAGAAGCGAGAUGGAAGGCAUCCCGCCGCAUUGCUUCGUCACCUCGUCAAUGGCUGUCAAGACAAUCGUCCGCAUGAUUGUUGACAUUGCACACACAAUCAACAACCAUUACCGAAAGAUUAACAUUGUCUCGUUCCCUCCGACGUAUUGCCAGGUCAUCUACAGGGCUACGCUGGAGCUAAUAUCCUUCCGCAACGACAUGGACGAGGGGGAGUGGACCAGGGCGCUGGAAACGCUGCGGGAAGCCACCUGGAACUAUGGCAGAAGAUGGCAGGCUGCAGGCAAGUUUUCAAUCCCCACUGAUGCAAUAUGUAAUUGGAGUGGCUGGCUAACAUGGUUUCUUGCUGUUGGUAGCCAAGUAUUUAGAGACUGUGGAUAG